GCAGUACAGACAUGACGACUUACACUUAAGUGCUCUAUAUCGCAAUGAAGGCAUUUUUGUUACUCGUCGUCCUCGUAGCUGUGGUUUCAGCCAAGCCGGCCGCACAACUCCGAAAACCGGCAUUCUUCCGCCCAAGCCCUCGCAUUACCAACGGUGACGACGCUGCACCAGGUCAGUUUCCCCAUCAAAUCUCCUACCAAUGGGGAAUUCUCGGCUUCGACCAGCAUGUCUGCGGAGGUACAAUCAUUUCCGAAACAUGGGUUCUCACAGCCGGUCACUGCGUGACCGAGGUACCUGAGAUUGGAGACCAUAAAGUCAUAGCUGGUGUUACUAAUCUGUGGGAAGAUACAGCAGAAAAACAAACGAUCAACGUUGUACAGAAAAUCGUUCAUUCCGAUUUCGGUGGAGACGUGGGACCCAAUGACAUCGCUCUUCUCAAACUCGCAAGUCCUUUGACGUUCGGAGAUUUGGUAAAACCUAUCGCUCUGCCAGAAGCUGAUAGUGUUCCCACUGGAAACGCAAUUUUGUCUGGAUGGGGCUCGACUUCAACCAGUGACAUUCCUGUAAUGCCCGACCAGCUGCAGACUACUACCAUUCCGCUGCUAUCUUUUGAGGAAUGUAGUGGUGCUAUUGAGUCUCUGCUCGAACAAGGAGAAGAAAAUCCAUUAUCUGAAGAAUCAAACAUUUGUACUGGACCACUUACUGGUGGUAUUAGUGCUUGCUCUGGUGACAGUGGUGGCCCAUUGAUUCAGGAUGAUAAUAUUAUUGGUAUUGUAUCUUGGGGAUUCACACCGUGUGGUUCUGAUGGAGCACCUUCUGUUUACACUAAAGUCAGUAACUUUAUUGAUUUUAUCAACCAAUAUGUAACUGAUUUGCCUAAAUAAAAUUGACUUAAGCAGUCUAACUAAUAG